CACUUGGCAACAAAUUGUCUACUCCCUCACAAACGCAAUUUUUCAUUUUGCUGUGAAAAAAGUGGAAUUCAUUUUUGAGUCACACAAAACUUUGACUCUAUUAGCAACUUCAAUUGCAUGGCCAGUGCGGACGAGAUUAUAGUCAAUGGGCAGGUUAUAACGCUGCCCACGUUGGAGGUGGUCAAAGCAGUUCCCAUCAUGGCGGCUGGCACUAACAUCGAUUGGUUGGUCCAUCUCUACUAUGCGCGACGUGAUUUUAUACGUUGUCGCAUCAUAAUCGAUCGAGAGCUUUAUAGAAGUUUGAAUCCAGAGUAUUUGUAUUAUGUCAAGGGUUUAAUUGACCGUGAAGAGGGCAACAGCAUUGAGGCGCUACGUAAUCUACAAAAAGCACUCGACUUAAAUUCAAAAAAUAUUGAAACUUACAAGGAGAUUGGCAAAACACUCUUUAUUAUGGGCCGUUUCAAUCAGGCGUUAAGCAUCUUUCGCGAAGCUGAAGAGCUCUCCCCACGGCAGGAUCAUGAAAUUUGCCAUUUCAUUGGCGAAUUGUUGCAUCGUUCAGCGGCUGCUUGCAAUCAAUUUGCGCUCGCACGUCAAGAAGAGGCCGAGGCGAAAGUUUACUUUGAAAGGGCAGUGCAAUCUGGCAAAAAAUUGGAAAGCUUUCAGCGACUUGGUGAAAUUCUGCGUAAGGAGAAGGAUUACAGCAAGGCAAUUGAGGUGCUCGAGAACUGUUUGCUUUUAUCACCAGAAAAUAUUGAAGUUCUCACAGAAAUUGGUGUGCUAUAUUUGAAAAUCAAUGAAACACAGAAGGCCUUUGAUCGAUUGUCAGAAGUCAUAAACUUGGAUAAGAAGUGCUCCAAAGGAUUGUUGGCUUAUGGUGCCAUAUUGCAG